AUGUCCAACCCCAAUUCAGAGAUGGAGGCACUGAUCAAGCCACCCCAAAACCUCAAGUGUCCCCGAUGUGAUUCAGAGGACACAAAGUUUUGCUACUUUAAUAACAAUAAGUCAUCCCAGCCACGUUACCGAUGUAAGAAAUGCAAUAGAUUCUGGACCCAGGGUGGGAAACUCAGAGACAUCCCGUCAAGUGCGGCAAAGAGGAGGGUGAAGCGUUCUCAGGAUUCUUUCACCUCUACUAUUUCAUCUCCCCCUGCACCACUACUGUCGAGCAUCACAUUUGUUGCCAUCGACUUUGAUAGGGCUGGGGACCUAAACCUGACCCGUCCGCGACCUAAUCAGCCUCGGAUUGAAUUUGUCCGAACAGACAUAAAUAGCUUAUCGAUUACAAAAUCUCGUGCACCCCCACAACAUGCGCAGGGCCAGAAGUAUUAUGCUCAGCCAAACCAAAAUGUUUUUCAAGCUAGUAAUGGUCAAGGCAUCCCCGCCAUCCAUUACAUGGGCGGUGCUACUAGCGAUCCUUCUAUGUCGUCUUAUGGUGCUUGA